GAGUUCCCCGAGCUCUCGGAGACCCCGGUAUCGCCUGUGAAGUGGGCCGCAGUGUAGGGCUGUGGGGUCGUGGGACCUGGGGCGGGCCAGAGCGUGCCCUAAGCGCAUCCGGUCCAAGUGUCUCAGAUUCAUUCUUAAGGAACUGAGAACUUAAUCUUCCAAAAUGUCAAAAAGACCAUCUUAUGCCCCACCUCCCACCCCAGCUCCUGCAACACAAAUGCCCAGCACACCAGGGUUUGUGGGAUACAAUCCAUACAGUCAUCUCGCCUACAACAACUACAGGCUGGGAGGGAACCCGGGCACCAACAGCCGGGUCACGGCAUCCUCUGGUAUUACGAUUCCAAAACCCCCAAAGCCUCCAGAUAAGCCGCUGAUGCCCUACAUGAGGUACAGCAGAAAGGUCUGGGACCAAGUAAAGGCUUCCAACCCUGACCUAAAGUUGUGGGAGAUUGGCAAGAUCAUUGGUGGCAUGUGGCGAGAUCUCACCGAUGAAGAAAAGCAAGAAUAUUUAAACGAAUACGAAGCAGAAAAGAUAGAGUACAAUGAGUCCAUGAAGGCCUAUCAUAAUUCCCCCGCCUACCUCGCCUACAUCAAUGCGAAAAGCCGUGCAGAAGCCGCUCUAGAGGAAGAGAGCCGCCAGAGACAGUCGCGCAUGGAGAAAGGGGAGCCCUACAUGAGCAUCCAGCCUGCCGAAGACCCGGACGAUUACGACGAUGGCUUCUCCAUGAAGCACACAGCCACCGCCCGUUUCCAGAGGAACCACCGCCUCAUCAGCGAGAUCCUCAGCGAGAGCGUGGUGCCGGACGUCCGGUCAGUGGUCACCACAGCUAGAAUGCAGGUCCUCAAGCGCCAGGUCCAGUCCCUCAUGGUUCACCAGAGAAAACUAGAAGCUGAACUUCUUCAAAUAGAGGAACGGCACCAGGAAAAGAAGCGGAAAUUCCUGGAAAGCACAGAUUCGUUCAACAAUGAACUUAAAAGGCUGUGCGGUCUGAAGGUGGAAGUGGACAUGGAGAAGAUCGCAGCGGAAAUCGCCCAGGCCGAGGAGCAGGCCCGCAAGAGGCAGGAGGAGCGGGAGAAGGAGGUGGCCGAGCAGGCGGAGCGCAGUCAGGGCAGCCUGGCCCCCGAGGAGGAGCCAGCGCCCGGCAAGACCGAGGAGAAGAAGGACGAGGAGAGCGCCCCGAUGGACACAGAGGAGACACGCCUCGAGGAGACAGCGGAGGGCCAGCAGAACGGCGAGGAGGGCACGUCCACGCCCGAGGACAAGGAGAGCGGCCAGGAGGGCGUGGACAGCAUGGCAGAGGAGGGGACCAGCGACAGCAACACCAGCUCGGAGAGCAACAGCGCCACCGUGGAGGAGCCACCCACAGACCCCAUCCCGGAAGAUGAGAAAAAGGAAUAAAUGUUGCCUUGUUUUAUGUGUCCUAAAUACUUUUUUAAUGAAAAAAAAAAUGUUUUUCGGUUUUAAUGGUGUUACGUGGUCUGUGUAUUAAUUUUUUUUUUGUCCAUAUCACACCACCAAAGGCUUUUGGACCAUGAGCGUCAGAGCCCUAGGGCAUGGCCACCUUAGGCUGUGAACCUGGCUCUUUUCCUUGGCUCUUGUCGCUGGCCCUCGACUGCUGAAGGCCUCGGAAUCAGUUGAGAGACGCCUGCCUCUCCGGAGUUACCUUCGAUGCUGCGGAACCCACUUGCCAUGCCUCGGCUCGCUCGGUGCUUACCAAAGCCAUAGCUUUAAACCUGCCUGUCCCCGUGGGCCCAAGGGCAGGUCCUGUGGAGGCAGCGUGUUCUUGCCCCUUGGGUUUCUAGUCCCUGGCAGGUACCCAGAGUCGGGUCGCUGGCUGAGGGAUGGUUGUGCAGUGAGCUCAGCUCACACAGCGUCUGCUGCUUUGUGUUCUAAUUAAUACUGAGUAUGUUCUGGUAAAUUCGUCUUUUUUUUGGCAGGGGGGUUGCCAGGGAUCACACUCAGGACCUUC